UCAUUCUCACUUCUCCGUUUUUACUUUUCUGCGGCUCUGCGCCUCUGCCUCGCCACUCGCCAGUCAGCAUCAUUGACCCAUCGUCCAGCGUUGCUGUUGCCGUUGUCGUGCCAAGACGACGACGGUUCCGAUGGACAUGAGAGGAGACGCAUCUGGGUUCCUCUCCUCCCACCCCAACUCCCCACUCAUAUCCCUCCACCACUUGGACAUGGUGGAGCCCCUAUUCCCGUUGAUGGACCGGUUCCAGUCAGCGGCCCAUCUAAUGACGGCCGCUGGUCUGGACCAGACUCGGAUAUUGCAGCAGACCAUCUGCCACCACCGCCCCACCAACUGGACCUUCUCCAUCUCCUGGGGCUACACCUCCCACAUCUACGAGAGGAUCCUACCCCGCAGCUACUUGCAGAACCCGAUUGCGACGUUCAAGGAAUGGGCCCAUGCGAACCCGAGGCCUCCCCACUGGAUGUUCGAUGUUCGCCCGCCUGUGAACCACCCUUGCGAAACUCCUCAUGUCUUCUUCUUGGAGUCCGCUAAGGAGACUCCCGAUGGCCAGGAGAUUGUCACCAUCUACAAGCGCCAGUGGCGCCGCAGGUUGCCGCCCUGUUUGUUUAGCGGCAACCACUCUGCUGAUUACGUUUUCAGGGUUCGUGUUUACACCCCCACCUCCAAGCGGACACAGACCGAUAAAUGUGAAUGUUGUGACGUCACUCGAGUGACAGAAAGCAGCAUUGCCGAGGUAAAGAUUAGGACGUGCAUGGAGAACGAGAUGAUCGCUUAGUUACAGAAGAUAUACCCCUGAUACUCGUAUUUGGAGGGAAAUCAUACAGAGUAUCACCUUAGUUUUGUUUUGUUGUCUCUUCUGGUAACGAGAUAUAUAACGAGUGUAGUAUUUUUUUUAUUCUUGUAGAUAUACAAAAUAAAACAUUAGUAGAUUAAGGGUCCAUUUGACAAAAGAUUCGGUGUUUAGAUUUGGCAUUUAGAAAAAGUUACUAUAUAAUUGCAGCAUUUAACUUAUCG